AGAGUUCAACACAAGUUCAAUGCAAGCCAAAUUUGCUGGACUCAACAAAAUGAUGGUCAAAGGACAGGUACAGUGUACAAAGAGAAUCUCAUCAAGAUAAUCUUUUUUGUAUCCUCACAAAUGUCCUAGAUUAUUUACAGUCUAUAGUAGAAACAAAUACUCCUCAUUGGUGCAACUGCCAUUUCUAAUAGACCAUUUAUAUACUGUAUCUUUGUGGCAAGGAAUCAAAAUGUCAAGUUGUGAAAAUCAAAUGGAACUAUUAACACACCCUUUUUUUUUAAAAUGGAUAAUUAUGUCUACAACCAAUUUAUAUUUUAGUUACUGAGGGAUUCCCUUGACACAUUUCUGACUGUCAGUUCUGGGUUUUUCCACUAUCACCAUGAGGAAGUUCAGUACUGGGUGUCCGUGUUUACUAACAUAUUCCGCUGUCAUCAACCUCUGCCCAGACGGCAGUCCCACUUGCCAUUGACCAGGAAAAAGUCAAUUCCAAGGUAAUGUAUCCUUAAAUAGUUCCUCAUGGACAGCAUACCCCAUUUACAAUACACCACAACUAGCCUACAACAGCAUACCCAAUUUACAAUAUACCACAACUGGCCUACAACAGCAUACCCCAUUUACAACACACCACAACUGUCACACCACAACUGGACUAUGACAGCUUACCCAAUUUACAAUACACCACAAGUUGCCUACAUCAGCAUACCCAUUUUUAAUACAUCACAACUGGUCCUACAACAGCAUACGCCAUUUACAAUACAUCACAACUGGCCUACAACAGCAUACGCCAUUUACAAUACAUCACAACUGGCCUACAACAGCAUACGCCAUUUACAAUACAUCACAACUGGCCUACAACAGCAUUCCCAAUUUACAAUACACCACAACUGGCCUACAACAGCACACCCCAUUUACAAUACAUCACAACUGUCACACCACAACUGGCCUAUAACAGCAUAUGCCAUUUACAAUACACUGCAACUGGCCUAUAACAGCAUACGCCAUUUACAAUACACUACAACUGGCCUACAACAGCAUACCCAAUUUACAAUACACCACAACUGGCCUUCAAUAUACACCAUUUACAAUACACCACAACUGGAUUACAACAGAGCACCCCAUUUAUAAAACCCUAUAACAACAUACCCCAUUUACAAUACACCACUACUGGCCUACAACAGCAUACCCCAUUUACAACACACCACAACUGGCCUUCAAUAUACACCAUUUACAAUACACCACAACUGGAUUACAACAGAGCACCCAUUUAUAAAACCUUACAACAGCAUACCCCAUUUACAAUACACCACUACUGGCCUACAACAGCAUACCCCAUUUACAACACACCACAACUGUCACACCACAACUGGCCUACAACAGCACACCCCAUUUACAAUACACCACAACUGGUCUACAACAGCACACCCAAUUUACAAUACACCACAACUGGCCUAUAACAGCAUACGCCAUUUACAAUACACCACAACUGGCCUACAACAGCACACCCCAUUUACAAUACACCACAACUGGCCUAUAACAGCAAACGCCAUUUACAGUAAUUAUUCUUGUUUAUGCUAUCCUUCAUAUUACAAGACAGAAUGGUUACUGCAAAUUUGUUUGAAAGAAAUUUCGUCAACGGAAAAUUGAUAGAUGGAAGUUUGACGCACGGAAAUUUGAUCAAAUGGAUGUUUGGCCGAGCUGAAGUUUGAUGGUACGGAAGUUUGGUCGCAGAAUGGGAAUUAGGUAGAACAGAAUUUUGAUCGAACGGAAAUUUGGUAGAGGAGAAGUUUGAUCAAAUUUUUUAUUUUUUUCUCUAACAGUUGCCAUUGAGAAAUUUGUUGGAAUUGUAGUUAUUUUAAAAUGGUAUUUACUUUGAUUCUUCUUUUUGUUUUAAAAUAAAUUUUGUUGUCUAAGGCUUGCGUCUGAGAAAUGGGUAGAUCUGUUCAAACGGACUCAUGUCGGAAUUUAGUUUAUUUUUAAACUGAAAAACACAAAAAUGUCGACAGUACUUAUUUAAUUAUUGAUAAAUGAACUGAUUUAGUAAAAAUAUAAAUACCACCACUAAAUUUUAAAAAGAAUAAGUUUGUCUAGUAUUGUGACGUUUUAUUAAAAUAUCUUGAGUAUGGGAAAAGUAACCUGACGAUACAAGUUAUUGGAAUUGCGAAAACUUCAAUAAAAAACAUUCAUGUCCAUUCAAGUAACCAUUUUGAAUUGUAACUGCUUAGGGUCCAUUUCAAAUUGUAACUGCUUAGGGUCCAUUUCAAAUUUUUACUGCUAAGGGUCCAUUUCAAAUUGUUACUGCUAUUAUUAGUGCUAUAACUAAACAAAUCAAACAACACAAUCUUUUAAGAGCUAUCAAAGACUUGGAGCUUACUUGUAAUCCUCAUAUAAUUAUUCUCAUAGAUUUUGAGCUUGCAAUGGUAAAUGUUAUAAAAGUCGAGUUUCCUCAAACUAUUACUCGAGGAUGCGUUUUUCACUUCUGCCAGUGUAUUUAUAGAAAAUUUCAAACAAAUGGCUUGAAGCUAAAUUUUAACUUUGACCCAGAAUUUGCAUUAAGAAUGUUGUCUGCUUGAGCAUUUGUGCCUGUUGCCUACCCAACAUGUGUUAGAGUACUUUGUGCCUGUUGCCUACACAACAUGUGGUAGAGUACUUUGUGCCUGUUGCCUACACAACAUGUGGUAGAGUACUUUGUGCCUGUUGCCUACACAACAUGUGGUAGAGUACUUUGUGCCGGUAGCCUACACAACAUGUGGUAGAGUUCUUUCAGUUACUUUGCAGCAGAUAUAUUUUACCCCCUGAAGCUGAAGUAAUUUUUAGUUAUUUUGAUGACCCAUAGAUCUGUUGACCUAAAAAUAGUCACUGUCGACCGAUUUCCCCUUCAUAUGUCACAAGAUUUGGCUUAUAUAUUGACAAUAAACUUAGAAUGAUUCCCCAUAUCAGUUCUUUGGUCAGGGCAUGCUUCUGUCAUCUUCGCGCCCUGGGUCAUCUGUGUCCUCAACUCAAUAAGAGAACAGCCAAUGCUGUAGCGGUAACUCUAAUCCAGUCAAAAUUAGAUUACUGUAAUAGUUGUUUGUGGGGUGUACCUCAGAACCAAAUUCAGAGACUCCAGAAGGUACAAAAUACUGCAGCACGCAUUGUAACGCGUAUAAAGAAAUCUGACCACAUCACCCAAGUUCUACAAGGUCUCCAAUGGGUUCCUGUGAGUGAGCGCAUUAACUACAAAAUUCUGACCCUGGGGUACAGCUUGCAUAGAAGGCUCUGCACCGGAAUAUCUCUAAGAACUGAUUUAUAAACAUGUAUCCUUAAAGAACCUGCGGUCUUCAACACAGUCCUUACUGAAAAUUCCCAGCGUGGAUGAACACAGAAAAAAGUUUUGUGGAUUGUGCUCUUUUGAAGCGAUAGGGCCAAAAUUAUGGAACAGUUUGCCUCAAUCUUUGAGGGGAUUUGAAAAUGAUACAAAAUCUUUUAAGAAACAUUUUAAAACUUUUUUGUUUAAAUAGAUAUAAGAAAACCAGAGCGCAGUGAGCAUGCUAAAGUAGCAUGGAUGCCAGCGCUAUAUAAAUAUCCAAUCUAUAAAUCAAACAAGCUGCUUUGAUGUAAGUCAACAGAUUUGUCAAUAACUAACAAUGCUCUUGAAGGUUGGCAUAAGGGGUUGGCAGAACCAAGUUUGGGCUGAUCACCCCAACAUUUUUCAUUUUAUAAGAGCCAUCAACCGUGAGCAAAGUUUAAACAAACUUUAUAUUGAACAUUUCAUUACUGGUCAGAAGCCUCCUUUGGGAAGAAAACAACAUAAAGAUUCAGUAGAAAGACUAAACGGCAACUAUUUUGAAACCAAUAUUUAGGCCAAGGACUAUAUUACGUGGAAGAACACAUAAUAUUGCCUAUUUAUUUUUUUACAUUUAAUUAAAUGAAACAAUAAUCACCAUAGAACUGUUUUCUUUACUUUGUCUGUGAGCCCUAUUAUUAUGUAUAAGGGAGGGAUAAUUUUUACUUUUUAAAUUUGAUUAAGUGAUACUUAACUAGGUAGGCCCAUUAUAAAUAUUUAUGAUUUGUGUAACUUUAUAAUUUAGGCCUCCUUGACAAUACCGAUGUAAAAGGGUCUGACCUAGGAUGAGAACUGCAUUCAUGAUAAUAAAAUGAAGUUGCUUUUUUUAAGACUGGAAGUAAUUUUAGUAAGUUACCGGUAUCUAAAAUUAUUGUCUGUAAGAACUUAUUUCCUGUCAAGGAAGGAAGUGUCUCUAUUGUGUAUUCUUUUCUAAAAUCACUCGAUAAAACAAAUGUGACAUUACCUUAAAUGUUUUAAAUGUUGGAACCAUAGAAACAUUUUAUGCAUUGUUAAUAUUUAAAUUACUAGUCUAAAGAAAACCCAUGUUCAACUAGUCUAAAGAAAAAAGCCUAUCUUUAUUCUGUGUGCCGUGCCACUGUUUUGAAAGGGAUGUGCCAUUUGACAUCAGACCCAAAAACACAAGCUGACGUACUCAAUCAGCAGUUCCAGUUGGUCUUUGGCGACGGUAAAGAUUACUCGGAGGCUGAACUCCAUCUGAAGACUAAUAUGAUGAAUAGAGCCUACCCUGUCAUGGAAGAUAUCCAGAUAUCAGAACAGAGUGUGCUGCCCUUCUCAAAACCAUCAACCCCUACAGAGCAUGUGGUCCUGACAACAUUAAACCACGAGUGCUCAAAGAAUUAGCCAAAGAAAUCACUCCUGCGCUGACAAUCCUCUUCCAAUCGUCGCUGUGCACAGGAAAUGUUCCAGCAGACUGGAGAACAGCGCAUGUCACUCCAGUCUACAAGAAAGGGGAGCAUUCUGACCCUGCCAACUAUCGUCUGAUAUCCGUCACCAGCGUGGUCUGCAAACUGUUGGAGCACACAAUCGUAAGCACAGUCAUGAAGCAUCUUGAAAGCCAAAAUAUACUCAAUGACUGUCAACAGGGCUUCCGAGUCAAUAGAUCAUGUGAGACCCAGCUUCUCGAAUUUGUAGAAGACCUGAUGACCAAUCAUAGUUUGCUUCUACACAAAUUCCAGAUGUAUGGGAUCCAAGGCACCACUAAAACAUGGAUCUCUAGCUUCCUCAGCCACCGCUGCCAAGCAGUAGUGGUGGAUGGUACAAGCUCCUCCAUUGGGAAUGUGGAGAAACUGACAUCCCAAGCAAGACUGUUCACAGAUGACACAGCGGUAUAUAGGACGAUCGCCAACAGAUCUGACCAGGACCAGCUACAACAGGAUCUCAAUCGGUUAGCUGAGUGGGAGAUGAGCUGGGACAUGGAAUUUCACCCUGCCAAGUGCCAGAAACUAUCAGUCUCUAGAAGUUGUACUCCUCUACACUACCAAUACGAACUGCAUGGCCACAUACUUGAGACAGUUUCCUCAGUAAAGUACCUGGGUGUUACCAUUCAAAGAGAGGUCCAAUGAGACGAGCAUAUUAACAAUGUAUGUAACCAAGCAAACAAGACCCUGGGGUUCUUAAAGCGUAACCUGAAGAUUGGCAACUCCUGUGUAAAAGAAAGAGCAUAUAAAGCCUUUGUCCGUCCGAUUUUAGAUUAUGCAUCUUCAGUCUGGGACCCAUUUACCCAGAAGAGCAUUGACAGGUUGGAGGCGGUCCAGCGACGGUCAGGUCUCUUUGUCCUGAACCGAUACAGGAAUACCUCUAGUGUUGGCAGUAUGCUGGAAACACUAGGCUGGUCACCAUUGGAGGAUUGACGACGACAAUCCAUGCUCUCCAUGAUGUACAAAAUAAAUAAUGGGCUGGUCCACUGUUCCAGUAUUAAACAGAAACUCGUCCCUCUCCCCCAUACACAGCGAUGAGGCCAUGACGGGCAAUUCCGGCUCAUACCAGCAAGAAGCCAGUAUAGGAAGUGCUCAUUCCUGCCCAAGAAAAUCAGGAACUUGAACAAUCUUUCAAAAGAAACAGUUGAGGCGACAACACUAGACACAUUUGCGUCUAUUGCCUCAAGCCUUCCAACCCCCAUUGCAUGAUUCCUUCACAAAGUAGCACAUGUAAUCAUUGAAAUAUCGUCAUCAACACCAGGCACAGAAGCAUUGCAAAUCCCCUCUACAUGCAUAGGAGCCAAAAUGACCAAUAAAUUGAUCGUGGGCCCUUAAUAUAUAGAAGAAGAAGGAGAAGAAGAAAAAGUGUUCUCAGAGCCUGGUUUUAAAUUAGUAUUUAGUUGUCCUGAGAUCUAACAUUAACUAAUAACAAGAGUCAUCUGUCAACCACUUACAAUAGGAGUUUUGGCUCAGCAUAAUGAGAAACCACAAAAAAUAACAAAUAACAACGGUGAUAUAAAUCAGGCCUUUGGGCUGUUUUUGACUUGAAGGGGAAAGAACAGUUGGUUUUUAUGUGUGAGUUUAUCACAUUUAUUUAAAGUUUAAAGAACAAUUAGUUUUUAUGUGUUAGUUUAUCACAUUUAUUUAAAGAACAAUUAGUUUUUAUGUGUGAGUUUAUCACAUUUAUUUAAAGAACAAUUAGUUUUUAUGUGUUAGUUUAUCACAUUUAUUUAAAGAACAGUUGGUUUUUAUGUGUGAGUUUAUCACAUUUAUUUAAAGAACAAUUAGUUUUUAUGUGUUAGUUUAUCACAUUUAUUUAAAGAACAGUUAGUUUUUAUGUAUGAGUUUAUCACAUUUAUUUAAAGAACAAUUAGUUUUUAUGUGUUAGUUUAUCACAUUUAUUUAAAGAACAGUUGGUUUUUAUGUAUGAGUUUAUCACAUUUAUUUAAAGAACAAUUAGUUUUUAUGUGUUAGUUUAUCACAUUAAUUUUCAUUUAAGUUUGUGAAAUAGCCUUCAUCAAGAAAAUCAAUAUUUUAUUUAAAGAUUGUUUACAAAAUUUAGUCAAUAUAUUUCUAAAAUCAGUAAAAAAUAGUUAAUCACAAAUUUUAUCACAAGUACAUGCCUAAAUUUCUGUACAUUUUCAUAAAUUGUCUCAGGUAAUGAUAAAUUAAAUAUAUGUUAAAUCACUGACUGAUACUGAAUGUCUAACAGUUGAUAAAGAUCCCUUUAACAUUGUUUCAAAACUAUAACCAUGCAAUUAACAUAUCCAGACAAUUACAAUUUUAUUGUGCAAAUAUUGUACAUUAGUUAAAAUAGAUCAUUAUGGAGCAGUAAGUUUUAAAAAAAAUUAUAAUUUUUAUCUGUUACAUGGUAGGCAUUUUACAUGCCCCUAAUUCUCAGACUCAAAUUCUUUCGUACUCUAUAGCACAGAUUCUUAACCAGCGAUGCCUGCAACCUCAGGGGUUGGGGCGUGCAGUGCCAGGGUGUGCUGGAAGACACAAACAUAUUUUUAGCUAAAACACAAAGUGCCAAAUAAUAUAUAAUAAAUUGAAAAAUGUAUGCAAUAAGUUGUAUUAGCUAAUAACAGAAAACAAUUAUGUACUAACAAAAAAACAACAAAUAAAUAUAACAAUAUAGUUCAAAAAUCACUUUCCAUUUAUUUUGGUUUGGUAAAGGAAGGAGGGGAUAAUAAUAAGUCAUGAAUGAGAAAGGGCUGGUAAAGAAAAUUUAUAAAAAGGUAAUUAGUAAUAUUUAUUCAUCAGCUAAACUUACAGUUCGGAAGAUCCCCUUUUAGGUGCAUGUCCAAAAAAAAUUAUAAAAUAAAAAGUUAUCAUUAUUUUCAAAGUUAAUUAUGAAGAUUAAAAAUUAUUUAUGCCCAACAUAAAUAUCAAUUUAGAAAUGUUAUUUUGUAUAUAACUGUGCAUGAUUUUUUCCUCUUAGUCUUACAUGAAAGUUUGAUUUAAUAUUCUUCUAUAUAUUAAGGGCCCACGAUCAAUUUAUUGAUCAUUUUGAUCAUAUUAUUAAUCUAUGAGUAUGACUACAUUUUUACUAGAAAUAAUACUAUAGACCAGCGUUCCCCAAAUUAAAAGAAAGAUCCACUAAACUUAGCAGUUUGGCAAAAGCUGCUAUCUAAGACUAUAGUGUGCAUAGUAUUUACUUAUGUAAUUUUAUUCUUCUUGAAUUUAUCAAAUUUUUUAUAUUUUUUUAAUUUUUGAAUUUAUCAAUAACAGUGUAAUUUAUAAUAUCAAGGCUCAAGCUACAAAAAAAGUAAAUUAAUAAUGUAGAAACUAAAUCUACAAUAUUUUUAGAACAGCUAUAUAAUAUAAAUAUAUACUAUAUAUUACUGGUAUAUCAUCUGAUAUUUUUAUAAUUUCAUUCAAGUACGAUGUUAAAUGAGUAAGAAGGCUUAAGUAGGCCUAAGUGAGGGUGUUAUUAAACCAUGAUUUACUUACUAAAAAUUACUACUACAACUUCUAAGUAAUCUUAAUUAAAAUUUAAUCUUAAUAGUCUUAGGCCUAGGCUACUAAUAAUAAUCUAUAGUAAUAAAAUAGCUAAUAUGUAGGCUACUAAGUGUAGCUGACUCAGUGACAUUACAUUACAACAGUGACAUUACAUUACAACAGUGACAUUACAUUACACAGCCUGCAGACUUUGCUAUGCUGGUGCUUGAUUUGGAAUGAUAACUUUGAGUAUUUAUAACUUUAAAAAUUUAUUAAAAUGUGUUAAUAAUAUUGAAAGGAAAACAUACAAAUAAAAUUAGGCUAAUUACUGAUUAACAAUUUAGGAUAAAUAGAUUUUUCACAAUUUGUCACUCGCAUCUCUCUUGGACUUAGGCUCAGUUCACACGGUUAAAUUACAAUCAAAUUUUCUGCACAUUUUCGUCAAAUUUCUUUUUGACUAAUUAUUUUGUAUUACUAUAUAGUGCGUUCAAAAAGAAAUUUGAUGAAAAUUUGAUAGUGUGAGCUGAAUAUUAGUAGACUAGCCUUUUAGACACACGUAUUCUGUCCGUUCCCAAGACACACAUUAAAACAUAUGGUGAACUAUCUUUCUCUUUCUGCGCCCCCAAACAAUGGAAUUCUUUGCCACUACACAUACGCAAUAUACCAACCACCCAGGCCUUCAAAACUGCACUAAAAACACAUCUUUUUAAAUUAUACUACCCUGACUGAUCAUUCCCCUCUGACCGAUAAAAGAUCUUGCUGGCUGACGUCUAUGGUUUGCCUUGUAAAAGUUAUGUGGUGGGGUGGGUGAAUAUACAUUGCUGUUCUUUAUUUCAUAAAUGUAUUUUAUUUUAAUGUCAUGAUUAUGUCUCUUUUGAUAAAAUUUUCAUUUGAUCAAAUUUCUGUUUUUUACAAACUUCUGUUCGAUCAAAUUUCCGUUUGACCGAACCUCCGUUCGAUCAUAAUCCCGCUCAACCAAACUUCCGUUCGAUCAAAUUUCAGUUCAACCAAACUUCUGUUCAAUCAAAUUUCCGUUCGACCAAACUUCCGUCUACCCAUUUUCUCCGACGAAAUUUAUUUCAAACAAAUUUAUGGACACGAGACAGAAUAGGUCAGAUAAACCACUUAAUAAACGACACUGUUUUAGCUUAUGUUCUUACAAUCACAAACAAGAAGAGAGGAAUCAAUGCCUACUACAAGACAGAAUAGGUCAACUAAGCUACCUGAUAAACGACACUGUUAUAUUGUGUGUUCUUACAAUCACAAGCAAAAAUAGAAGAAUUAAUGCAUGCUGGAGAGUUUGAACGGCUUGACACCCACUGUUACAACCCUUUUGUUUCCUUGCAUCAGCCCUGUGCUGCUCAUUUGGAUGGAAGGUAAAAACUUCUCUACCGUUGUAGAAGUGACAGAAAUGUCAUCCACCAUUUCUACAGCGGCUUGCAGUGGUAUACAUUGCCAGCUUUCUCAAGCAAGACUCAAUGCCAUCAUCAAGCCUGGCGGAGGAGGUAACGGAUACAUAGGCACUCAAUACUCAGGUCUGACUACAUUAACACAGGCCUCUCUACAUUAACACAGGCCUCUCUACAUUUACUCAGCCUUGUCUAUAAUUGACACAGCCUUUUUCUACAUUUAAAUAGGCAUGUCUACAUUUACACAAAUUUACACAUGUAAAUUAUUAAAGUCAUUUUUACAAAUUUACACAGGCAUUUAAAUCGACACACAUAUAUUUACCUAUAUUUACAUAGACAUAUUAGUAUUUAUACUAUUCACAUAGACAUUUCUACAUUAACAUAUACAUUACAUAGACAUGCCUACAUUAUACAUAUUUACAGAGACAUGUCUAAAGUUGCACAAAUUUACAUAAGCAUGUUUGCACUUACAUAGAUGCUUACAUUUCAUGUAAGUUACAAGCUGAUCAUAAAUAAAUCCACAUUGGCAUUAACCUUACUAUCUUAUUAAAGCUUUCAAGUGGUUCUCAAAAUAUUUGAAUGCGUGAAGUCUUACUACAGUUUUUUAAAAUUCUAAUUUCAGUGGUGGAUAAACAUGAGUGGUUCAGUUCCUAUAACGGAUCAUGUGAAGUGGAUAUCCAGAACGUUUCCUGUUGUCUAGUGGAUGCCAGGCUCAGCAAUGAACAGAUGCGUGGCAGAAAACACUACUGGGGAACAGUUUUCUAUUUGGGUACUCUACUCAUGAAGGCAAGGAUUGGUAGUGUUGAUAGAUUUUCCAAUGCUGGGUUUGUGUGCUUAUAGUCAAAUACAUGUUCCAUAAACAUACCAUAGAGGGACAUACAUGUAGCGUAGAGUCACAUUAAGAAUCACUACUGGAGAACUCUACUCAUGAUAGAUCCUUACCUGUCACAUACUUUUACCAUUAACUCAUAUGGACUAAUAUGUCAAAUACAAGCUGUAUUAAGUUAGAUACAUGUUUCAUAAGUCACACUAGUGUAUCAUUAAGUCACAUACAAAUAUCUUGAAAUCACAUAAAUAAAUAAAUCACAUAAAUGAUAAUGAUGGUUAGGUAUACCACAUGCAAUGAUUCCCACAUGUUUAAUUUCAACAGGUGAAGAAGUUGAGUUAUGACGUGAAGGUGGAAGGUAUGGAGGACAACCUGCAGGUGGAGUGGUCCAGUGGCCUUUACAGUGUGUUGAAUCAACUCAUCAGUGCUUUCAGGAGGGUCAAACCUCUCCAGCCAGCUCAAACCAGCCGGGCCUUAAAUGUUGCUAAACUACCUGUUGUCAAGAACUCUCUCAUCCACAUGUUAAAAUUGGACAUCUCAAACAUCAAUUUAUUCAUCAGCAACUCUGUUGGGGGUAAGGGAUUUGUUCAACACCUCCAAUAUCAUGAGCCCUUAAGCAAGUUGUUUCAAAGCCCCAUUCAAUAUCUUUAUCUUAAACAUCUAAUCAAGUUUCAUUACCUCUUCAAUACCUUUUUCUUGAGCACUAAAUCAAGUUUUACAAUAUGUUUAUUAAGGUUAACACAUUUUAAAUAUCAUACUAUUGUUUAUAUUUGCCAUGAAGACUUUGUUGAAUUUAUUUAAUUGUGAUUUUAAAAAAAAACAUGCACACUGUCCAGACUUUAGUUUAACAGUUAUGGGAGAUAUGUAUAAAAUACUGUAAUGCACAGACCUAUCUGACCAGGAUACUGUUUCUAGUAGCACAAUUAAACAUGAAUUUAACACAAUAUUUCAGUGUGCGCUAUGCUGCGUGUCGACACAGUUGCACUCCUUCACAAUGCAGCACAGACUACAUUGUGUGUUGAUGGAACCAAAGUGCAAUAUAUCAUUUGUGAUAAGGAAGUAAGCUUGAAAUAGUUAGUUGAGUGAAAUUAUUUAUGCUUGCAAUAUUCCUGUCAUUAUUAUCUUCUAUUAUUAAUAAGUUGGUUGGCUUAGUUCUGCUUAUUGUAUACAAAAAAACAUUUGUUUCUGUUCCAAAAGUUUUUCCCCUUGAAUAGAUCCAAUGAAAUCCAUAAACCUGCAGCCCACAUCCAUCAAGUGAAGGUCAAGUUUACACCAUCCAACAAGGUGGGGGUCAAAUUGCUACCAUAAUGAUAUCUUUUAAAUGUAAAAACAAAAAAAGAAAUGACUAUAACUUUGUAAUAAAAGCAAUUUUAAAAAAUAUUUUGUAAUAAUAUCAAUUUAAUAACUAUUAUUUCAACCUUAACAAAAUUUCUUUGAUCGAUAACAAAAUCUUUCUAAAAGUAACAAUACAUAUAACACAAUUGCUCUAUGUCCAUUGCAGACUAAUAAAAAGUCAUAACAAACUUACAUACUUUUUAUUUAUUUUAUAAGUCAAUAAGACUGAGUAAUACACAUCUGUAUAGUUAAAAAAUGACAUCUGUUUGAGUAAUACACAUCUGUAAAGUUAAUGAACUACAUUUGUUAAAGUAAUACACAUCUGUUUAGUUAAUGAAUGACAUCUUUUUAAGUAAUACACAUCUGUAUAGCUAAUGAACUACAUCUGGCUGGAUUGUCUCAGUUACUAAUGCAGAGUUAGAAAAAAAAAUUGAAACAAUUUCCUCACUUGUCAAAAUAUCAUUGAAAAGUUUGUCUGGAAUUACCCAGGAUUGUUCAAAGAAAUUUAUCUAAUUGAAAUCUCAGGGUCUUGCAAAUGACUAAAUAACUUGUUUCUAUGAAAAAUUUCUGUAUCUGAAAUGUUCUUGUAACUGUCCACAGGAGUGCAGAGUUCACAUCUUGCAACAUCUGACUGUGCAGUGGACAAAUGAAGUGCACAUGUGUCUAGUCAAAGGAGUGCAGGAGGUCAAGACUCUACAGGCUAGACUAUCACUGGCUGAUGGAGGUCAGAUUGUGUUUUCACUGUAUGUACUGUAUUACUGGCUGAUGAAGGUCAGAUUAUGCGGUCACUGUAUGUACUGUAUCACUGGGUGAUGGAGGUCAGUUUUUGUGGUUUUACAAAUCAUGGCUCACGAGCCACAUGCAGCUCUUUAGCAACCUGAGUGUGGCUCGGCCAGUUGGCCACAAAUCGGUUUUGGCUCCGAAAAACAUGGUUCUUGACAAGUUUUUGAAAAGAAAUUUGGCUCUCAAAAAUUUUUUAAUCGUCCUGCUACUGAUUUUGGCUCAUUUGACUAAUGAGUUUGCUGAUCACUGGGCUAGACAAUCACUGGCUGAUGGAGGUCAGUUUAUGUGGUCACUGCAUUGUGUUACUCAGUGCUGUUCUAAAUCACUCAGAUAAUGUACCCUAUAACUAGGAUACUAUAUUCUGUCACUCAGAUACAGCAAUUUGCCUCUCAUAUAUUGUAUACAAUCUAAACAAAAUUGUCACAACAUAUAUUAAUCUUGGCAAAAAUAUUCUAAUUUUCAGAUGCCACAAGCCCCUGUGAAAGUAUGGCACCCCCACCACAUCCUCCCCAGUUGACCACACCUCAUUCAGCAGCUCCUUUCAAAUCUGACAUUUGUAUCAAUAUUUUAAUCUUGGCUGAGAUUCACCUUGAGGCAAAAUUGUCUAAGCAACAUAUGUAAGUAUGAAAUUGUCCAAACACCGUACAUAAAUAUCAUGUCGUCUAAACAACAUACAUAAAGAAGUCUUGAUCAACACUGACCUUACAGAGGCUUAAUUUAGCAGUUCAAUGAUAUGUAAAUUUUAAAUUGUAUUAUUUAAAGUUUUUCCUAAUUAUUUCAACCACAAGAGGAACAGCAUUUGACCCAAAUUUUUAGGUACUACACAUUUUACUUAAUCCUUAUAAAACAAAAGUUUCAAAUUUUACAUCACUUAAGGCUUAGUAUUCAGACCCAGAAUCUUUUAGUGACCAUGACCUUGCCUGAAAUUCUCAUGGAGGUCAAGGAUUUCAAUAUCAAGUGUGAUGGAAACAACAUUUUCAAGAUAUCUGUGAGUUGAAAAUAAUAUGCAUUAGGACCUGUAAAAAAACAAUUACACAUAAAUAAAUUUUUAUUAUUAGUUGGACUGUCAUAAAUCUUAUGUAAAUAAUACAACACAAACAGUGUCCACAUCUUGGGUGAAGCUUUAUUUGUGAAACAUAAAAUCAUUUUUCUGGAGACAAAACGUGUAAAAUUAUAUAUUUGUAUUUAUAAAGUAUAUAUUUGAUUGAAAAAUGAUAUACAUAGCUGUACAAUAACUAAAAACAAUAACAUAACUCAUAUGAAAGAAUAAAUUGAGCAACAGAAGAGAUGGUCACCUUUCUUCCAUUCCAUUUCCUGAUUUUGUGACAUACACUUGGACAAAACACUGCUGCUCUUUUUGAUUUUUGAGUCACGGGUCAUUGACACCAUUAUUUGAAAACAUAUUAGUGAGAGCAGGUCAUUGACACCAUUAUUUGAAUAUAUAUUAGUGAGAGCAGGUCAUUGACACCAUUAUUUGAAUACAUAUUAGUGAGAGCAGGUCAUUGACACCAUUAUUUGAAUACAUAUUAUUGAGAGCAGGUCAUUGACACCAUUAUUUGAAUACAUAUUAGUGAGAGCAGGUCAUUGACACCUUUAUUUGAAUACAUAUUAUUGAGAGCAGGUCAUUGACACCAUUAUUUGAAUACAUAUUAGUGAGAGUAGGUCAUUGACACCUUUAUUUGAAUACAUAUUAUUGAGAGCAGGUCAUUGACACCAUUAUUUGAAUACAUAUUAGUGAGAGCAGGUCAUUGACACCUUUAUUUGAAUACAUAUUAGUGAGAGCAGGUCAUUGACACCAUUAUUUGAAUACAUAUUAUUGAGAGCAGGUCAUUGACACCAUUAUUUGAAUACAUAUUAGUGAGAGCAGGUCAUUGACACCAUUAUUUGAAUACAUAUUAGUGAGAGCAAGUCAUUAACACCAUUAUUUGAAUACAUAUUAGUGAGUGCAUGUCAUUGACACCAUUAUUUGAUUAUGUAAUUAUUGAGUGCAGGUCAUUGACACCAUUUGUAUACAUAUUAGUGAGAGCAGGUCAUUGAUACCAUUUGAAUACAUAUUAGUGAGUGCAGGUCAUUGACACCAUUAUUUCAUUACAUGAUUACAUGAUUUUUGAGUAAAGGGUCAUUGACACCAUUAUUUGAUUAUAUAAUUAUUGAGUGCAGGUCAUUGACACCAUUAUUUGGUUAAUUAUUCAGGGGUUUCAGCUGGAGACAUUGGCUGUGUCAUAUCUGAAAGUUGAAAGGGAAAGGGCCAAAACAUUGCAAAGUCCUACCAACAAAGCUUGGUAAGUGGCUUUCAUUUAUUGAUGUUGUGUGGUUGGGGGGGGGGGUACGUGGGACUUUAUGUUUUGAUCCAUUUGACUUCAUGAGAUGAGGGGAUACCUGUGAUUGUAUGAUGUAAUACAUGUUACUGUGAGGAUACAUUUGAAUUGUUGUGUGGUUGGGGGGGGGGGGUACGUGGGACUAUAUGUUGUGAUCCAUUUGACUUCAUGGGAUGUGGGGAUACAUGUGAUUGUAUGAUGUAAUACAUGUGACUGUGAGGAUACAUUUGAAUAUAUUUGGGGAUACGUGUGACUAUAUUUAGGAUACAUGUGACUAUAUUUGGGAUACAUGUGACUAUAUUUGGGAUACAUGUGACUAUAUUUGGGAUACAUGUGACUAUAUUUGGGAUACAUGUGACUAUAUUUGGGAUACAUGUGACUAUAUUUAGGAUACAUGUGACUGUAUUUGGGAUACAUGUGACUAUAUUUGGGGAUACAUGUGACUAUAUUUGGGAUACAUGUGACUGUAUUUGGGGAUACAUGUGACUAUAUUUGGGAUACAUGUGACUAUAUUUGGGAUACAUGUGACUAUAUUUGGGAGACAUGUGACUAUAUUUAGGAUACAUGUGACUAUAUUUGGGAUACAUGUGACUAUAUUUGGAAUACAUGUGACUAUAUUUGGGAUACAUGUGACUAUAUUUGGGAUACAUGUGACUUUAUUUGGGAUACAUGUGAGUAUAUGUGUGGAUACAGGUGACUAUAUUUGGGGAUACAUGUGACUAUAUUUGGGAUACAUGUGACUAUAUUUGGGAUACAUGUGACUAUAUUUGGGAUACAUGUGACUAUAUUUAGGAUACAUGUGACUAUAUUUAGGAUACAUGUGACUAUAUUUGGGAUACAUGUGACUAUAUUUGGAAUACAUGUGACUAUAUUUGGGAUGCAUGUGACUAUAUUUGGGAUACAUGUGACUAUAUUUGGGAUACAUGUGACUAUAUUUGGAAUACAUGUGACUAUAUUUGGGAUACAUGUGACUAUAUUUGGGGAUACAUGUGACUUUAUUUGGGAUACAUGUGAGUAUAUGUGUGGAUACAGGUGACUAUAUUUGGGGAUACAUGUGACUAUAUUUGGGAUACAUGUGACUAUAUUUGGGAUACAUGUGACUAUAUUUGGGAUACAUGUGACUAUAUUUGGAAUACAUGUGACUAUAUUUGGGAUGCAUGUGACUAUAUUUGGGAUACAUGUGACUAUAUUUGGGAUACAUGUGACUAUAUUUGGGAUACAUGUGACUAUAUUUGGGGAUACAUGUGACUAUAUUUGGGAUACAUGUGACUAUAUUUGGGAUACAUGUGACUAUAUUUGGGAUACAUGUGACUUUAUUUGGGAUACAUGUGAGUAUAUGUGUGGAUACAGGUGACUAUAUUUGGGGAUACAUGUGACUAUAUUUGGGAUACAUGUGACUAUAUUUGGGAUACAUGUGACUAUAUUUGGGAUACAUGUGACUAUAUUUGGGAUACAUGUGACUAUAUUUGGGAUACAUGUGACUGUAUUUGGGAUGCAUGUGACUAUAUUUGGGAUACAUGUGACUAUAUUUGGGAUACAUGUGACUAUAUUUGGGAGACAUGUGACUAUAUUUGGGAUACAUGUGACUAUAUUUGGGGAUACAUGUGACUAUAUUUAGGAUACAUGUGACUAUAUUUGGGAUACAUGUGAGUAUAUGUGUGGAUACAGGUGACUAUAUUUGGGGAUACAUGUGACUUUAUUUGGGAUACAUGUGAGUAUAUGUGUGGAUACAGGUGACUAUAUUUGGGGAUACAUGUGACUAUAAUUGGGAUACAUGUGAGUAUAUGUGGGGGAUACAUGUGACUAUAUUUUAGGAUUAAAUGUCACUAAGGGGGGGGGGAUACAUGUGACUAUAUGUUGUGAUACAUGUGACUUCAUGUGGGGAUACAUGUGAUUGUAUGAUGUAACACAUGUGACUGUGAGGAUACAUUUGAAUAUAUUUGGGAUACAUGUGACUAUAUUUAGGAUACAUGUGACUAUAUUUGGGAUACAUGUGACUAUAUCUGGGAUACAUGUGACUAUAUUUGGGGAUACAUGUGACUAUAUUUGGGGAUACAUGUGACUAUAUUUGGGAUACAUGUGACUAUAUUUGGGAUACAUGUGACUAUAUUUGGGAUACAUGUGACUAUAUUUGGGAUACAUGUGACUUUAUUCGGGAUACAUGUGACUAUAUUUGGGAUACAUGUGACUAUAAUUGGAAUACAUGUGACUAUAUUUGGGAUACAUGUGACUAUAUUUGGGAUACAUGUGACUAUAUUUGGGAUACAUGUGACUUUAUUUGGGAUACAUGAGACUAUAUUUGGGAUACAUGUGACUAUAAUUGGAAUACAUGUGACUAUAUUUGGGAUGCAUGUGACUAUAUUUGGGAUACAUGUGACUAUAUUUGGGAUACAUGUGACUAUAUUUGGGAUACAUGUGACUAUAUUUGGGAUACAUGUGACUAUAAUUGGAAUACAUGUGACUAUAUUUGGGAUGCAUGUGACUAUAUUUGGGAUACAUGUGACUUUAUUUGGGAUACAUGUGACUAUAUUUGGGGAUACAUGUGACUAUAUUUGGAUACAUGUGACUAUAUUUGGAAUACAUUUGACUAUAUUUAGGAUACAUGUGACUAUAUUUGGGAUACAUGUGACUAUAUUUGGGAUACAUGUGACUAUAUUUGGGAUGCAUGUGACUAUAUUUGGGAUACAUGUGACUAUAUUUAGGAUACAUGUGACUAUAUUUGGGAUGCAUGUGACUAUAUUUGGGAUACAUGUGACUAUAUUUGGGAUACAUGUGACUAUAUUUGGGAUACAUGUGACUAUUUUUAGGAUACAUGUGACUAUUUUUAGGAUACAUGUGACUAUAUUUGGAAUACAUGUGACUAUAUUUAGGAUACAUGUGACUAUAUUUGGGAUACAUGUGACUAUAUUUGGGGAUACAUGUGACUAUAUUUGGGAUACAUGUGACUAGAUUUGGAAUACAUGUGAGUAUAUGUGUGGAUACAGGUGACUAUAUUCGAGAUGCAUGUGACUAUAAUUGGGAUACAUGUGAGUAUAUGUGGGGGAUACAUGUGACUAUAAUUGGGAUACAUGUGAGUAUAUGUGGGGGAUACAUGUGACUAUAAUUGGGAUACAUGUGAGUAUAUGUGGGGGGUACAUGUGACUAUAAUUGGGAUACAUGUGAGUAUAUGUGGGGGAUACAUGUGACUAUAAUUGGGAUACAUGUGCCUAUAUUUGGGAUACAUGUGACUAUAUUUGGAAUACAUGUGACUUUAUUUUGGAUACAUGUGACUAUAUUUGGAAUACAUGUGACUUUAAUUGGGAUGCAUGUGAGUAUAUGUGGGGGAUACAUGUGACUAUAUUUGGAAUACAUGUGACUAUAUUUGGGAUACAUGUGACUAUAUUUGGAAUACAUGUGACUAUAAUUGGGAUGCAUGUGAGUAUAUGUGGGGGAUACAUGUGACUAUAAUUGGGAUACAUGUGAGUAUCUGUGGGGGAUACAUGUGACUAUAUUUGGGAUACAUGUGACUAUAUUUGGAAUACAUGUGACUAUAUUUGGGAUACAUGUGACUAUAUUUGGGAUACAUGUGACUAUAUUUGGGAUACAUGUGACUAUAUUUGGGAUACAUGUGACUAUAUUUGGGAUACAUGUGACUAUAUUUGGGAUACAUGUGACUAUAAUUGGGAUACAUGUGACUAUAUUUGGGAUACAUGUGAGUAUAUGUGUGGAUACAGGUGACUAUAUUUGAGAUGCAUGUGACUAUAAUUGGGAUACAUGUGAGUAUAUGUGGGGGAUACAUGUGACUAUAAUUGGGAUACAUGUGAGUAUAUGUGGGGGAUACAUGUGACUAUAUUUGGGAUACAUGUGAGUAUAUGUGGGGGAUACAUGUGACUAUAAUUGGGAUACGUGUGAGUAUAUGUGGGGGAUACAUGUGACUAUAUUUGGGAUACAUGUGACUAUAUUUGGGAUACAUGUGACUAUAUUUGGGGAUACAUGUGACUAUAAUUGGGAUACAUGUGACUAUAAUUGGAAUACAUGUGACUAUAAUUGGGAUACAUGUGACUUUAUUUGGGAUACAUGUGACUAUAUUUGGGAUACAUGUGACUAUAAUUGGGAUACAUGUGACUAUAUUUGGGAUACAUGUGACUAUAUUUGGGAUACAUGUGACUAUAUUUGGGAUACAUGUGACUAUAAUUGGGAUACAUGUGACUUUAUUUGGGAUACAUGUGACUAUAUUUGGGAUACAUGUGACUAUAAUUGGGAUACAUGUGACUAUAUUUGGGAUACAUGUGAGUAUAAUUGGGAUGCAUGUGAGUAUAAUUGGGAUACAUGUGACUUUAUUUGGGAUACAUGUGACUAUAUUUGGGAUACAUGUGACUAUAAUUGGGAUACAUGUGACUUUAUUUGGGAUACAUGUGACUAUAUUUGGGAUACAUGUGACUAUAAUUGGGAUACAUGUGACUAUAUUUGGGAUACAUGUGAGUAUAAUUGGGAUGCAUGUGAGUAUAAUUGGGAUACAUGUGACUUUAUUUGGGAUACAUGUGACUAUAUUUGGGAUACAUGUGACUAUAAUUGGGAUACAUGUGACUUUAUUUGGGAUACAUGUGACUAUAUUUGGGAUACAUGUGACUAUAAUUGGGAUACAUGUGACUAUAUUUGGGAUACAUGUGACUAUAUUUGGGAUACAUGUGACUAUAAUUGGGAUACAUGUGACUUUAUUUGGGAUACAAGUGACUAUAUUUGGGAUACAUGUGACUAUAAUUGGGAUACAUGUGACUAUAUUUGGGAUACAUGUGACUAUAUUUGGGAUACAUGUGACUAUAAUUGGGAUACAAGUGACUAUAUUUGGGAUACAUGUGACUAUAAUUGGGAUACAUGUGACUAUAUUUGGGAUACAUGUGACUAGAUUUGGAAUACAUGUGACUAGAUUUGGGAUACAUGUGACUGUAUUUGGGAUACAUGUGACUAUAAUUGGGAUACAUGUGACUAUAUUUGGGAUACAUGUGACUAUAAUUGGGAUACAUGUGACUAUAUUUGGGAUACAUGUGACUAUAUUUGGGAUACAUGUGACUAUAUUUGGAAUACAUGUGACUAUAUUUGGGAUACAUGUGACUAUAUUUUGGGAUACAUGUGACUAUAUUUUUGGGAUACAUGUGACUAUAUUUGGGAUACAUGUGACUAUAUUUGGGAUACAUGUGACUAUAUUUGGGAUACAUGUGACUAUAUUUGGGAUACAUGUGACUAUAUUUAGGAUACAUGUGACUAUAUUUUUGGGAUACAUGUGACUAUAUUUGGGAUACAUGUGACUAUAUUUGGGAUACAUGUGACUAUAUUUGGGAUACAUGUGACUAUAUUUGGGAUACAUGUGACUAUAAUUGGAAAACAUGUGACUAUAUUUGGGAUGCAUGUGACUAUAUUUGGGAUACAUGUGACUUUAUUUGGGAUACAUGUGACUAUAUUUGGGGAUACAUGUGACUAUAUUUGGGAUACAUGUGACUAUAUUUGGAAUACAUGUGACUAUAUUUAGGAUACAUGUGACUAUAUUUGGGAUACAAGUGACUAUAUUUGGGGAUACAUGUGACUAUAUUUGGGAUGCAUGUGACUAUAUUUGGGAUACAUGUGACUAUAUUUAGGAUACAUUUGACUAUAUUUGGGAUGCAUGUGACUAUAUUUGGGAUACAUGUGACUAGAUUUGGAAUACAUGUGAGUAUAUGUGUGGAUACAGGUGACUUUAUUCGAGAUUAUACAUGUGACUAUAUUUGGGAUACAUGUGACUAUAUUUGGGAUACAUGUGACUAUAAUUGGAAAACAUGUGACUAUAUUUGGGAUGCAUGUGACUAUAUUUGGGAUACAUGUGACUUUAUUUGGGAUACAUGUGACUAUAUUUGGGGAUACAUGUGACUAUAUUUGGGAUACAUGUGACUAUAUUUGGAAUACAUGUGACUAUAUUUAGGAUACAUGUGACUAUAUUUGGGAUACAAGUGACUAUAUUUGGGGAUACAUGUGACUAUAUUUGGGAUGCAUGUGACUAUAUUUGGGAUACAUGUGACUAUAUUUAGGAUACAUUUGACUAUAUUUGGGAUGCAUGUGACUAUAUUUGGGAUACAUGUGACUAGAUUUGGAAUACAUGUGAGUAUAUGUGUGGAUACAGGUGACUUUAUUCGAGAUACAUGUGACUAUAUUUGGAAUACAUGUGACUAUAUUUGGGAUACAUGUGACUAUAUUUUGGGAUACAUGUGACUAUAUUUUUGGGAUACAUGUGACUAUAUUUGGGAUACAUGUGACUAUAUUUGGGAUACAUGUGACUAUAUUUGGGAUACAUGUGACUAUAUUUGGGAUACAUGUGACUAUAUUUGGGAUACAUGUGACUAUAUUUGGGAUACAUGUGACUAUAUUUGGGAUACAUGUGACUAUAUUUGGGAUACAUGUGACUAUAUUUGGGAUACAUGUGACUAUAUUUGGGAUACAUGUGACUAUAUUUGGGAUACAUGUGACUAUAUUUGGGAUACAUGUGACUAUAUUUGGGAUACAUGUGACUAUAUUUGGGAUACAUGUGACUAUAUUUGGGAUACAUGUGACUAUAUUUGGGAUACAUGUGACUAUAUUUGGGAUACAUGUGACUAUAUUUGGGAUACAUGUGACUAUAUUUGGGAUACAUGUGACUAUAUUUGGGAUACAUGUGACUAUAUUUGGGAUACAUGUGACUAUAUUUGGGAUACAUGUGACUAUAUUUGGGAUACAUGUGACUAUAUUUGGGAUACAUGUGACUAUAUUUGGGAUACAUGUGACUAUAUUUGGGAUACAUGUGACUAUAUUUGGGAUACAUGUGACUAUAUUUGGGAUACAUGUGACUAUAUUUGGGAUACAUGUGACUAUAUUUGGGAUACAUGUGACUAUAUUUGGGAUACAUGUGACUAUAUUUGGGAUACAUGUGACUAUAUUUGGGAUACAUGUGACUAUAUUUGGGAUACAUGUGACUAUAUUUGGGAUACAUGUGACUAUAUUUGGGAUACAUGUGACUAUAUUUGGGAUACAUGUGACUAUAUUUGGGAUACAUGUGACUAUAUUUGGGAUACAUGUGACUAUAUUUGGGAUACAUGUGACUAUAUUUGGGAUACAUGUGACUAUAUUUGGGAUACAUGUGACUAUAUUUGGGAUACAUGUGACUAUAUUUGGGAUACAUGUGACUAUAUUUGGGAUACAUGUGACUAUAUUUGGGAUACAUGUGACUAUAUUUGGGAUACAUGUGACUAUAUUUGGGAUACAUGUGACUAUAUUUGGGAUACAUGUGACUAUAUUUGGGAUACAUGUGACUAUAUUUGGGAUACAUGUGACUAUAUUUGGGAUACAUGUGACUAUAUUUGGGAUACAUGUGACUAUAUUUGGGGAUACAUGUGACUAUAAUUGGGAUACAUGUGACUAUAAUUGGAAUACAUGUGACUAUAAUUGGGAUACAUGUGACUUUAUUUGGGAUACAUAUGACUAUAUUUGGGAUACAUGUGACUAUAAUUGGGAUACAUGUGACUAUAUUUGGGAUACAUGUGACUUUAUUUGGGAUACAUGUGACUAUAUUUGGGAUACAUGUGACUAUAUUUGGGAUACAUGUGACUAUAUUUGGGAUACAUGUGACUAUAAUUGGGAUACAUGUGACUUUAUUUGGGAUACAAGUGACUAUAUUUGGGAUACAUGUGACUAUAAUUGGGAUACAUGUGACUAUAUUUGGGAUACAUGUGACUAUAUUUGGGAUACAUGUGACUAUAAUUGGGAUACAAGUGACUAUAUUUGGGAUACAUGUGACUAUAAUUGGGAUACAUGUGAGUAUAUGUGGGGGAUACAUGUGACUAUAAUUGGGAUACAUGUGAGUAUAUGUGGGGGAUACAUGUGACUAUAUUUUAGGAUAAAAUGUCACUAAUGUUUAUUCUGGAUGCUAUGUUAGUGUUGACCAAUGAUCUAACUCUCUAUAUUCUGACCUAACAUGCUAUGACAGGAGCAUCUCAUUUGACAGUGUAGAGAUCUUGUUUCCCCACCAGUACAACUUUGCUGACUGCUAUGAGGAGGUGAGUUUUACCCAGAAUUCAUUUGGAUGUUUUAGUCCACAGCAUAAAUAAAUAAAGAAUGAUACAUUCUGAAAACUCAUGGAGGAUAAUAAAUAAUUGUAGUACUUGCUGAAUGAGGUGUAUGUUGUGCACUUACUGAAUAAGGAGAAUGUUGUGUACUUGCUGAAUAAGGAGAAUGUUGUGUACUUACUGAAUAAGGAGAAUGUUGUGUACUUACUGAAUAAGGAGAAUGUUGUGUACUUGCUGAAUAAGGAGAAUGUUGUGUACUUACUGAAUAAGGAGAAUGUUGUGUACUUGCUGAAUAAGGAGAAUAUGUGUACUUACUGUAUAAGGAGAAUGUUGUGUACUUGCUGAAUAAGGAGAAUGUUGUGUACUUGCUGAAUGAGGAGAAAGUUGUGUACUUGCUGAAUAAGGAGAAUGUUGUGUACUUGCUGAAUGAGGAGAAUGUUGUGUACUUGCUGAAUGAGGAGAAAGUUGUGUUAUUGCUGAAUGAGAAGAAUGUUGUGUACUGGUGAAUGAGGAGAAUGUUGUGUACUUGCUGAAUGAGGAGAAUGUUGUGUACUUGCUGAAUGAGGAGAAUGUUGUGAAAUUGCUAAAUGAUAAGAAUUUUUUGUUGUUUAGAAAUGGAGAUGUUACCAUAUUUUCUAAAUGACUUCUUUGUGUGAUCUCAUUAGGUCAUUAACACUGUAAUCUAAAUCACUUUUUUUUUUAUUGCUCUCAAACCUCUGAUUAGGUCAUUAACACUGUGAAAUGGUUGAAGCUGGUUCAUAAAAUGAAGAGGCAACCUUUCACAGCUGAAAGCCCGUUACCUCCUGACUUGACCUUAUCCAUUAAGGUAAUCACAUUUUAACCCUAUAACAGUCAUAUUGGCAGAUCAUGGGAUGUUAAACCCCUUUCUGUGAUCUCAUAGCCUCUAGCAAAAUCGUCAUUAAAAAUGCGAAUGAUUUAAUGUAUAUUGAUUAAGGAGAAUAUGAUUAAAUCAGAGAAUUAUUAAAUCUUAUCACGAUUGAAAGAAAAUAAUCAUAAAAUAAUUUAUAAAAAAUAAUUAUUAAAUACUUAAUUUUUUUUUCUUCAGAUGUUGUCAAUAGAAAUGAGUGAUAACCCAUUUGAAGUAAAGAUGGGACUUAACUAUGAGGUAAUAUCAAUUGUAUGUUGUUUGAUUGUGUCAUAUUACUUAAAGAUGAGAUAUGAAUCUUUUAAUUGAUCCAAAUAACUGGAACUGUUUUUUUUUUUUUUUACAUUGCACAUGAUCAUUUUUAGCUCAUAAAUAAAUACAUAGUUUAAUCAAGACAUUUUACACUUAUAACAAUUUAAACAGGAGCAGAUUUCAAAACUGUAUUUUUUUAAGAUAGUAGCUCUUGAAUUUUUGUUGUGCCCGCUGAGUUUUUGAAUGAAUUUGUACUGACUUAAAUGUUUGUGUAUGAAAAAAUGUAUACUGUGACAGAAAAACAUCUACCAUAAGAGGAAUCGCCCCAAACUACCAGCACAUUAAUAUUUGAGUUCACAACUCAUGUUUUAAUGAAACUUGAACAAAUCUGCUUGUUUCUUGGUGAUGUGUCAUUAAGGAAAACAUUGCUGUGUGGUGUUAACACAAAAUAAGCAUUGACUUGGUUUUUUUUCUUCAGCUCUUGAAAGAUGAAGGUAUUGAAAGUAAGAAAAGAAAAGAAGUGAUGGACAUGAAAUUGAUGGAUCUACAGAAAAAGCAAUUUAUUCCAGGUAAGGAUUAUUUUAAUUUAUUUAUUCAUUUGGCAAAGUUUGGGAUCACACCUCUUUAUAAAUUUGACCCUAUGUGGAGAUAAUAAUAAGAAUUCUCAGAUUAAUAUUAUUAUUUAUUUAUUUGGCAAAGGUUAAGAUCACACCUUUUUUUAAAAAUUGGACCAUUUACGGAGAUAAUAAUGACAAUUCUCAGAUUUGAUAGUAUUAUUUAUUAAACGAACAAAUAAAAGCAACAUACACAUACUUUGAUAAUGUUAGGUAAACCUUCAGAUCAAAUAAGAGGUUAUAAAACAUUUUAAAAUAAUCUCAAUUUCAUUCAUCUCAAAAAAAAAAAAAAGCAAAAGAAAUAAUAUUUUAAAGGAAUUUACUAAUAACUAUUUACAAAUAUUCAAUGUUAUUUUAUGAAUUUUGACUUAAUCAUUAAACAUAAGGAAACAAAUUCUGUUUUGCCUAAUUUUGAACACUAUCUUGCAGUAAACAAAAGAGAAGAACUGUAUGCCAGUCUCCACAAGAAAAGUUCAGAAAUCUACAUUCAGCGGUCACAGAAGCUCUGCAAUGAUGCACCAAUCAGAACGCAGCUCUUCACCUGGUUGAUGGAGGAUGUACAAAUCACAGCAUUGGCUGACGUAUCAUUCCAUGGCAAGGACAACGUACUCAAACAUAUGCAGGAGAUUGAUAAGGAAAGGUAGGAUUAAAUGGUUGAAAUAACUUUUUUGUGAAUAAACCAGGUUUUGGUGAAUAGUUUCUGCGCAGUCUGGGUUACUAUCAAUUUUAAUUGUACAUACAUUUCCUGGAAAUCGAUUUAUAUUUUAAAAAUUUUUUUUUUUUAAAUCCGCUCUUUUUAAAUGAGGUCAAUAAGCUAUCCUACAGUCCUAUAGCAUAACAUAAAAUUAGUUAAUAUGUUGCCUGCAUAUCAAUUACUGCCAAUUAAGAAAAGUGUCACAUAUUUGUAGAGAUCUAUACAGUGAAAAUAGCAGCAUCAAUUUAAUCACUUGAACGUGCUGUCUUGAAGGAUUGAACCAGUUUUAAUUGUGAAAUUUUCUUGUUUUUUUCCAGCCCCUUCCCUAAAGAAGCCAUUGAUUUUGUGACCCUGUGGUGUCGUUACAUCAAUGCUAGUGUUAAACUCUGGUCUGUGUCACUCAGGGAUUUCCCCCGUCCUAUGAUUGAUGUACAGAACAAACAUGUUUGGGGACGUCUGAUUGGAGCUGAGAGGGAUGGAACAAAACGAG